AUGGACGCAACACAACCAGACUCCGCUCGCGUUGUGGCCGACACUUCUGAAUCCUUACUCCCGGGAUUAUUCCCAGUAGAAAGCCAAGUCGUCCCUGUCAAGGAAAACUCUUCAGGAAAUUCAGGUCUGGUUUCCGACGAAGACGAAGUUUAUAAUCGCUUCUCUAGACGGCGGAAAGCAGUGUUCGUGACCAUACUCUCGUUUUGCGCGCUCUUGUCACCCAUUUCUUCCACAGGAAGCCUGACGGCGGUGCCAGAGAUCGCGGCGGCCUUUCAAACGACGGGCAGCGUGGUCAAUAUCAGCAAUGGAUUAUAUACUGGCGCCAUGGGCGUAUCUGCCUUCAUAUGGGGGUCAUUGAGCACCCUGUGUGGGCGUCGACUAGUCUUACUCUGCAGCGUCCUGUCCUUCUUCGCCUUCUCCCUUGGAACAGCGCUGUCCCCCAACCUGGCGGCCUUCUUUGCCUUUCGCACCUUGAGUGGAUUCGGCGGCACUGGCCUCCUCGUUACUGGGCCAGGAUGUAUCGGAGAUCUAUAUAAGCCUACCGAAAGGGGGACAGCAAUAGGGUGGUUCUCGAGCGGAACGCUUGUUGGCCCAGCCCUUGGACCGCUUCUUGGGAGUGCCAUUGUCACCUACGUCAACUGGAGAGACAUCUACUGGCUGCAAACCGCAAUGGCGGGUCUUGCCUCUGUCCUCGCCAUAUUUGUCAUCCCCGAAACGAUUCACCAGAAACAAUGGGCAGCCAUACCCAAAGAUAGACGCGUGCGCGAAACUUUCAGAGCGCUGAACCCGGCCAAGUUGCUUGCUCUCAUUGGGGACGUCAAUAUCUUGCUGGUCGCGCUCGCUUCCUCAGCGCUGGUGUGGAACAUGUACUCUUUCCUGGUCCCCAUCGUGUACGUGAUCAACCCCAGACUUGGACUCACGACUCCCCUGCAAUCUGGCUUGUUCUACCUCGCCCCGGGCUCUGGCUACCUCCUGGGGACGUUCUUUGGCGGCAGAUGGGCCGACCGCGUGGUCAAGAAGUGGAUGCGUAAGCGGAACGGGGAGCGCAGGCCUGCAGACCGACUGAGGGCGGCUGUCCCGUGGAUGGGUCUUGGGAUUCCCAGCUGUAUGUUGGUGUAUGGGUGGUGCCUGGAGUAUAACCGCGGCGGAAUCCCAGUGAUAGUUCUUUCCAUGUUCUUCCAGGGCUUCUGCCAGCUCAUGGUCUUUCCCUCCGUCGGCACAUACUGUCUGGACGUGAUGCCAUCUAGGUCAGCCGAGGUGACGGCCGCGAACUAUCUCCUCAGAUACAUAUUCGGGGCCGCCGGGAGUGCUGUCGUGCUGCCUGCAGUCGAGAAGAUCGGCAUUGGCGCCUUCAGCACCAUCAGCGCGGGUUUCGUGGCUAUCGCCUGCGGCGGCGUGCUCUUGGUUAUCCAUGAUAAGGUUCCUUAUACACGCAAGCACACUCCUGGGUGA